AUGGGCAAGAAUGACAAAAAGAGCAGCGACAAAUCUGGGGGGAAAGCCAAGGGAGGCGACAAGGAGGCCGGAGGCAAGGCCAAGGGCGCGCAAUUGAUCAAUGUCCGCCACAUCUUGUGCGAAAAGCAUGGCAAAAAAGAAGAAGCGCUCGCGAAGCUCAACGAGGGCGUCAAAUUUGACGAGGUUGCGCGCAACUACUCAGAGGAUAAGGCUCGCGCGGGUGGCGCUCUUGGCUGGAAGCCCAAGGGAAGCUUUGAUCCCAAGUUUGAAGAGGUUGCUUUUGCCUUGGAGCCCAGCACGACGAAUAAUCCCAAGAUUGGCGAGGCCAAAACCGAGUUUGGCUACCACAUCAUCAUGGUUGAAGGUCGCAAAUAG